AUGAAUCAGAGCUCAGCCAAUUCCACGGACCCCGUCCAAUGUUUCUACGAACCUCCCUUAUACCUGGAGGGUCGAUUCUGGUUGGUCAGUGUCUUUGGAACUUCGGUGGCGUUGAUCUCGAGUUGUGAGAAUGCAUUUUUGUUCGGCACUUUGGUCCAGAAGUAAGUAUUACAUAUUCGCCAAUUCAUUUGCCUCAUUUCAAUUUCAGAAAGCAACAUCUCAACUCCCACUGUCUCUAUCUGAUGUUAUUGGCCUUCUUUGACUUCUUUAUUGCCGUCGCUUACAUUCCUUUAAUGUCCAUCAGUCUGUUGGCUGACUAUCUUGAAUCGCCCUUGCUGUUAACAGCUUGGUAUCAUUAUAUGAGACCCAUGAUUACCAUCUCCCAUAUUGCCAUGAGUGCCUCUUCUUUUCUGAUUUUGGCAGCUUCUUUCGAGAGAUACUGUAUUACUUGUCUCCCUGGGAGAAUGCAAAAAGUCCAGAAAUUGAGAAGAUUCAUCGCUUUAACGGCCGUUCUAACUGGAGUCAUAACCAAAAUCACCUUAUACAAUGAAUUUGAGGUAAACCGGAAGAUCAAUAGAUUUUAGAUGGUUUGCUUGUAGAUCAUAUUCAACAAGGAAUGCAAGGGAACAAUGGUCGAAUAUAAUCUGCAGUUGUCAGCCAUGGCCACAGAAUACUACUACAAUUUAGUGUGGAGACUUGGAUUCAGGAACCUGGUCACUGUUUUGGUCCCUUUCUUUGGUCUUUUGGCCAUGAAUUUCUUAAUUGUAAAGAAAUUAAAGCAAGUAAAUUCGAAGCUUCCGGCCGAACAGAAAGGAUUGGAUGGGGAACUUCAGCCUAAAGUAAGAUUAUAAAAAAAUGUUAUGGACUGUCAUGGCCUUUUAACUUGUUUUAGAAUCGAGUCAAAGCAGCUACGAUGACAUUGCUUAUGGUCGUGUUUACAUAUUUGGUCUCCAACAUUUUGAACGUCAUCUUGACUUUUUGGGAAUACUUUGAUAUAACUUCUCUGACGUCAAAAUUCCUUGCCUUUUAUACUUAUGGAGUGGAUACGGUAAGCCUACUUUAUAUUGCGCAAUCAAUCAAAGAUUUGUUUGUUGUGCAGAACGAAACUAAAUUUUAGGUGUCCAUUCUGACAAUUCUCGCCGGUUCUUUCCGAUUGCCCAUCUACGUGAUAUGCAUGCCUCAACUGCGAGGAGACUUCGUGAUCCAUUUCAAGAAAAUCAUUGGACGAAACAAGUAUCAGAUUGUAGGUUCUUAUAUACGUAUAUCUUAUAGCUAUAUGUAAUCACCUGCUUUCAGAACGAAUAUGGCUCCAAAAAACAAUUUGAAUACGCACCGAUGUUAAUCCGCAUCAGCGAAUUGCUCAUGAAAUAUCCGAAUCUCUCCUCGGACACUUCUAUGGAUUCCCUCAGCUCCAGUGAUCACGAAGUCCGAGAAGAAGUUUUCCUGUAA